AUUGACAGAAAUGAGGCCAUUUCUGAGCGUCAUGCAUGCCAAAGCCCAUACAGCAAAAUGCGAGGUGAGAUGGGGUGGCAGAAGCCAUGAUGGAGCAGGAAACACGGUGGGAGAGGAAGUAGAGCAGGUGAACAGCUUUCUCUCCAGGGCAGCACUUGUCACAAAAUACAUGACAAAGGCUGGAAGAGUGAACAUGCUAACGCGACAGGCCAUGGGUUGGAACAGAAGAAAGAGGGACAACCUUCAUCAAGUGUUAGCCCACAGAUAUGUCAAAAUCACAGAGAAGGCAAAACUGGAAGCUGCCAACCUUAGCAAAAUCAAGAAGGAGCACAACCUUGAUCAGGAGACAAUACAGCAGUGGGUGUGUGAUGUCAGACAAUGGGCGGUUACAGAGAGAGUCUACACUACAGGUUGUACUGAAGAGCUAAGGGCUGACAUUGAGAACAUCACUGUAACCCUUUUGCGCAAGAAGAAAGAUCUGUAUCGUCGGCAUGAUAGCAACCAGGCAAGACAAAGAAAGAAAAUGACAGAGUUGAAGAAAAAGCUUCGCGAAAAGGUCUUGCAAUACAACACCAUAGUGGAAGGAGAUCCGAUUGACGAGGAAUUGGCUUGCAGUCUGACAGAGGGAUACAUCCUACCAUGGGAGAGACACAAAGAAGGCAACACGUUCAGGUUGAAGAGAUCUAUCUUCGACCAGGUAAUGCUGCUGAAACGCUUGAGGAGGAGCAGAGCAUCCUGGUAA